AUGAGAUUCUCCUCACUCGCGUCUCUUCUCAGUGUGCUCCCCGCGUGCUAUGGAUUGGUCGGCACGCAGUGGUCUAUCUCCAACGUUCCUCCAAGCGGUUUGACGGACAUCACCUUCCCUCUUACCGUCGUCGACACCGACCGCGUCACUGGGUACUUUUUCGCGCAGCAGUUUGGCUUUGUCGGGGGUAACGGCCUAGGGAUCAUUGGCAUCCAACCACACUUCCCCGAAAACAGCAAUGGCGCGCCCGUCUUCCGCGCCGAGUUCUCAAGUUUUAUAGAGGGGACUACUACCAACGAUGGAAACUGCGCGUUAGGUGCUGACGGUGGUCCAGGGGUAUCGUGUCGGGCCGAGUGGGACGGAGUGUAUGGCCGCACGUAUAAUUUGCAGGUUACCAAAGUAGGGGGAAGUGGGUGGAUGGCUAUGGCGAUCGACACAGAAACAGGGGAGAGCGUCCAUGUUGGAACAUUCACUCUACCAGCUGGUAAUCGGGGUAUCCGGGGCACUCAAGCAGGGUUCGUGGAGUGGUACCCGUGGAAUAGCGGGUCGCACAAGUGCGAGAGUCUUCCUUUCCAAAAGACGAUCUUCGGCAACCCAACUACCACACGAGAAGGAUCUGUCGGGGAACAAGGGUCAGCUUACGAGUAUGGAGAUUGUGUUGGACGCGUAAAUUUCGGUACAUCCAUGGUUCCAGACGGUGUGUUGAUCAAGUGCGGGUUCAGACAGUAA